ACGAAACUACACAGCUCCUCUCCUCCUAUACAAUAUAUAGUUUUCCACUUCAACAAAAUCACCUUCACUUAAUUAUCACGAUAUUUCCAAUGUCUACAGAAACAACAACAGCAGCAGAAACAGAACCUUUCACAACUCCCUCUCAUCCCUCAGAUGGUAGUGGCAAUGACAUAAUGAGGGACAUAGUACUAUGGAGGAGGAAGAAACUAGGUACUUUUGUUCUGAUUGCCGCAACAGCAACAUGGGUGUUAAUGGAAGUUUAUCAAUAUAACUUCCUCACUCUCAUCUCAUGGCUCACCAUCUUAGUUAUUACCUCAAUAUUCCUCUAUGCCAAAAUGCUUACACUUUUCGGCAAGGAACCACCAAAGUUUUUGAGGUUGGAAUUCAAAGAAGAAACAGCUAUAAGAAUGGCAAAGAUAGUUAAAGCAAGGAUUGAAGAAUCAAUAAGGUGGUUGUUCAUGGUUACCACAAAGGAAGAUUGGUUUGUGCUUGUGGGAGUUAUGGCUAGGUUUUUGGCACUCUCUUAUGUUGGAACCUGCAUGGACUUUCUAACAUUCAUUUAUAUAGGUAUAUUGGGUUGUAUGACCGUUCCUGUAAUUUAUAUGAAAAACGAGGACAAGAUCAAGAAGUGCUUGGAAUGGUUGAGGGAGAAAUAUAAGAGAUCUUAUGAGGUUAUAGAUGAAAAGGCCAUUAAAAAUAUCAAAAGUAGAAUACUAAAUGAGAAAAAAAUAGAGUGAUUAAUUUGCUUUUGUGUAUAUAGCUUGAAGUUUGUGUAAAAAUAUUAUGCCCGGUUAUGUAAUGUUAAUAAUAAUAAUAAUAGAUUACUCAUGUAAAAACAAAAAAAAAAAAUGCAGUUAUAUUUGUAUUUUGUUAUAGUUGAUUAAUAAAAACAAAGUUAUUCGUCAUGGUUGGAAA